GCUCCACAUUUACUGUGGUUUUUGAGUAGCUACACAGUCAUUGAGGUCACUUUGUGCCAAUGUGGGUCUUACUCUCCUGGAGGUAACAUUCACACGAGUCCUUACAGAUACAGAAGGUGAUAAACAAGUUGGGAUGACAAUGGAUCCACUGGAAAAAUAUGCUCUAUUUAAGGAAAGAGGGGCCUUAUCAGAGGACUUGUACCCAAAAUAUAUUUUACCAUACCUCAUUGAAGAUGGAAUAUUCUCUCAAGAAGAAAGUGAUAGCAUUUUAAAAGAGGCAAAUAGUAAAACCCAGACAGUUAAACUUUUGUCUCUUCUUCCAAAGAAAGGAAAACAGGCUUUUAGCAGCUUUAUAAAAGCUUUAAAUAGCAAAGAAGCUUACCCUUGGCUUGCACAAAGGUUGCUGGCCUCAGUGAACAAUAAUAAAGUCUCAAUGGAUUUUGAUGUAAGUGUGUAUAAUGUGCUUCGAAAAGGAGGUGUACCAUUUCAGCUUAAUCACCUUCUGCCAAGGAAAGAGUUAAAAGAAAAAAUUAGACAAGCUCUUCAAGAUGUAGCUGAAAAGACACGAGGCUGGGUUGUGGUCCAUGGUAUGCUAGGUUCUGGAAAAUCCACUCUUGCUGCAGAGGCUAUACGGGAUGAAUUCCUUCUUGCUCACUAUUUCUCUAGUGGGGUUUGGUGGGUCCCAGUAGGUAAGGUAGAUCCAGCAGGGCUUCUGGUCAAGAUGCAGUCACUUUGUGAAGAGCUAGAUGAUGAAAGUUAUCCUGUACCUGAGACUAUAGAAAAGGUGUCUAAUACCCUUAGGAGACUUGUUCUUCGGCCUUGUUUAGAGAAGCUUUUGUUUAUUUUAGAUGAUGUUUGGGAUGAUUUUGUUUUGAAAGCUUUUGAUAUAGGAUGUCCAGUGAUGAUUACAACUAAAAACACUGACAUUCUGUCAUCCAUUUUUUCUGGAAAGAAGUAUUAUAUUGAAGUUGACUCACGUUUAUCAGUUGAUGAAAGUAAAUGCUUGCUGGCCAUGUGGGUUAAUACUGAUGUAACCUGUUUGCCUGCAUCUGUGGACCGCAUCUGUGAAAAAUGUAAAGGUUCUCUCCUUGUACUGGUAAUGAUUGGUAGUAUGAUGGCACCUCAUGGUAACAAGGAAAGAAGAUGGGAAUACUAUUGUGAAGUUUUGGAAGAAAGGGACUUGGGGCGAAUUCGAAAUAACUCUGGAAGCUCGAAGACUCUUCAUGAUGUUAUUGAACUGUGUUUAGAGGACACGCUGACGAAGAAAGAGCGUGCUUUUUACAGUGACUUUGCUUUAUUCAUUGAUGAUGUUAUCAUUCCAAACAAAGUUUUGGAGAUACUGUGGGGCAAAGAUGAGUUUGAAGUUGAAGACAUCAUGUUUAAAAUAUGUAGCAGGUCAUUAGCACGAAUGGAAGAAGAGAAAGAUAAAGAUAGUUAUGUUUACAGCAUUCAUGACAUGCAUCUGGACCAUUUAAAGAGUACUUGUAAAGACCAGAAGGCUUUACAUACUAAGCUGGUCAAUAAGUAUCUGAAGAAAUGUGAAGAAAAUGGCCUGCAUGCUCGAAACUAUGGUUUGCUUCCAGAAGAUGGAUAUAUCCAUUAUUUUUUAGGGUACCACAUUUACAAAGCUGAGUUGUUUCACCUUUUUCCUGAAAUUUUUUUGGACCUGAAAUUCAUUCAGAAAAAGCUACAGUUUUGUGGACCAAGUGACCUUCUGAAUGAUUAUCACGUGUAUGGAAAUUACUUCAGUACCCCAGAGGCUGUGAAAGAGAAACAAGACUUUGAAAGGUUUAUCCAAUGUAGUGCACAUCUUCUUUGUGAUGACACCAAAGACGUUAUCCAACUUGCUCUCUGUCAACCGCAAGAGUCAAAGGUAUAUCAGAAGGCAAAAGCUCUUGCUGAGAAAAGUGUCACCAAUAUUUACUUAAAUUGGUGCAAUAUGUCAAAUAUUCGAAAUUGUGCCAUGCUUUCUACAAAACUACACCUUGGUGCAGUCCAUUGUGCUACUUUUAGUCCUGAUGGUGCAUUUGUGGUUUCUGUGGGUGAAGACAAGCUUGUUCGAAUAUGGGAUAGUCGACUGGGAAAACAGCUACAUUCCUUUCAAGGUCAUGAUGCAGCCAUUAAAUGCUGUUCUUUGUCACCAGCUGGUGAUUACAUUGCUACAGCUUCUCAAGAUGGCAGUGUCAGAAUUUUCCUUUUGGACCUCAAAAGUUUGCAGAGUAUCAGUAAUGAAGAGCCAAAAAGCCCACGUCCAAGAUCAGGAAGUUGGAUAAAUAUCUUCCGAUUGAAUGGUAAACAAGAUGAUAGUUCAUUUGUUUUCAAGGGGCAUAAAGGAGAAGUGAAAUGGUGUGCAUUUUCUCCAGAUGGUGCUCUUAUUGUUUCUGGUGGUGUUGACCGUGUGGCAAAGGUAUGGUCAAUUAACACAGGAGAUGUGUACCUUUCUCUGUCUGAUCAUACUUUUCCAAUUGACUAUUGUUGCUUUUCACCCGAUGGGUCUCAGAUAGCUACUGCAUCGAGUGACAGUAUUAUUCUGUGGAAAUCUUUUUGUGGCACACGACUAAAGACAUUUAAUCAUUCAUGUCAUUCUGUAAUAUCAUGUCAAUUCAGUAAGUAUGAAACCCAUCUUAUAUCAGCUGCUGGUCGCUUUAUAUGGAAGUGGGAUAUUGGCAUUCAGAAAUUACUUCGCAGAUAUAAUAAUCUUAGAAGCCAUUAUUAUACCACUUGUUGUGUACUUUCUCCAGAUGAGCAGUACAUUGCUGCUGGAACAUCAGAAUGUGCUGUCGUGAUAUGGUCAGUAAACUCUGGUCAAGUAGUUGUUUCUUUCAAAGGACAUUCUGAGCCAGUACAAACAGUGGAUUAUUCCAGAGAUGGAAGGAUGUUGCUGUCAGCAUCAAAAGAUGGAACUGUCAUGGUUUGGGACACAUCAAAAACAUUUGGGACUUCUAUGAUAAGUUUAUCAAAAGAAAUAUCUGUAAAGUUUCAAGAUAAUCAACCUGUAAUAGCCACCCCUGAUGAGUGUAACAGUAUUCAAGUGAUCGUUGGCUUGGAAGGAGUGGUGGAGUACAAAACCCCAGAAGACCAGGAAGAUAUCAGCUGCUGUUGCCUUUCUCCAGAUUGUAAUUUUGUGGUUUAUGGCACAAAAGAAGGAUCAGUGAAAAUUCUGUGUAGGUCAACAAACGUUAUUUGUAGUCUGCACCAGCAUAGGAAUGCUGUAAGUUAUUGUGUUUUUACUGAAAAUGGUCGUUAUUUUCUUACAUGCUCAGAGGAUUUCACACUUAGGGUGUGGCAGAUGAAUGGAAAAUACAAUUCUUGUGUUGGUCACUUUGGUCCAGUCCUGAUGUGCAAGGUGUACGGGAAUGAUACUCGCAUCUUGUCAUGCUCAGAAGAUGGAUAUAUUCGGGUAUGGGAAUUGGAGACAGGAAAGUGUUUAAUUCGAUGUGAUGGACACAAUAAAAAGGUUGUAACAUCAUGUGAUGUUUCUGUUGGUGGAACUUAUCUAGCUUCAACAUCUGUUGAUAAGACUGUAAAGAUUUGGAAGGAAAAAAACAAAACCCUGCAGUGUGUUACAACAAUACUGGGUGAUUUUAGCAUGCGAAGUUGCUGUUUUUCACCCAAUGAGAAAUUUUUAGCAUAUGGAGAUGACAAUGGAGCAGUUGUGAUUGUGGAUAUUAACAGUGAAAUACCACAGACAUCUAAGAAACUAGGAGUGCAUAAUAAUCACUGGGUUAAUGAUUUGGCAUUUUCACCUGAUAGUAAGUACCUUGUUUCUGUUGCCAACAGUAUCAAGUGGUGGAACAUACAUAGGGAUCAACCACUACUACAGACUUUUGAAGUCAGAGGUAGUUCCCUCUGCUACAUUUGUCCUUCUCCAGAUUUUACAGUAUUUAUAACAGUUGAUGAUGCUGGAGUAUUGUAUAUUCUUCAGCUAAUCAAAUCAUUUUAAUGAUGUGUUGCAUUUUCCUUUAGUUAAAUUAAAAUCAAAACCAUUGAUUCUUUUUUAUUUACCAGCAUGAUCCUAUUUCAUGUUGUUGCACAAUUAUUAUACUUAAUCAUGUAAAGUUCUUAAAAAAAAGUUUUAGCCAUAAGUUUAUUUUUAGACAACUAGGUGCAAUGAAACAUCACAGUAGCCAUUUUAAAAUCAUUAUUAGCUGUGUUUUUGUAGAUUGUGUUGAACAUAUUAAAACAAUUAUUCCACUGGAACACUUUUUUUGCAAAGAGCCAUUGCUAAAGAGACUGGUAACAAAUUACCCAGCCUAACAAAAUAAAUUUACAUAAUGUUUGAUUUUUGUGUUUAAGCAGUAUUUACUCACCAUCAAUGAAACUCUUGCUCAUGCUGUUUGGCCACAUAGGACUGAGGUUGGGAGCCUCAGGCAGUGAUGGCAGUGGUUUCUCUGAGAACUUUGCCUCUUCUUCAUUUUUGAGGUUCCUCUGCAUUGAAAUAAUUUAGAUUAUUUCUUUAAGUGGGGUUCAAUUGAUACAUAACAACUGUAGACAUCUACACAUUGCCUGCAAUGUCCAAUGUAUGAACAUUUAUGUGAAGAGUAUGUCAAUAUUGUCACUAUCACUUGUUAGUCUCAUGGCACACUGGUCUUCUAACUUUUCUUUUGGGAUCCUCGCAUCAGACUCUACAUUAGACACCUCUAUCACCAGUUGAGCCUUUUGGCUGGCCUUGGCCAAGUCAUUUGUAAUUUGAGAGAACUAUAAGUGUAUUUAAAGCACAAAAUUUAGUGUUGAAAAGAAAACAAAUUAAGUAAUAAUCAUUUAUCUAACACAAAUAUAACUCAAUAAAUUAUUGCAAACGUGCAUUUAUGCAUACUGUCAAGCUAAUGUAUCAUACUAUCAAGCUCAAUAGUUGUGCUUAAAAAUUUUCAAUCUGGUAUCUACACUAAACAGCUCUUUUACUAUAUCUGUGUAUGCAAGCACUGAUAUUUCUUGUUUGUUCCAUUUUUCUUUAUUUGGGAUUUCACCAUUCUUUACCCUCUAUGCAGCACCAAAUGUUGACCAGUAGCUAUGCAUUGCCUGUCAAUAUAUAGAAAUCUGAAACAAGAGUACAACCACUAUUUUGCCAAUUAAAUCCACAUAAAAUAUUGCUCGUGAAAUGUUCUCCUAGUUCUAUAAAACCUCUAUUAACUUAGUUGAAGGAUACUACAAACUAUAUAGCUUUUCCUUGCCUUACUAAAUAUAUAAUACAUAAAAGCAACUAAUUUGGUCUGGGGGUAAAUUAACCACUAAAUAAAGUAGCAGCCAGUAUUAAUAAUUAUACACCAUGAAAUGACUAAUCCUUUUCUUACCUCAUCUGCACUGAAUAUCCAAUCCCUGGAAACUACUUUGACUGCCUCUCUUCUACAAACUACACAACUGUGUACCCAAAUUCAGCCAUCUGUAGGAAGGAUAUAAACAUGUAUUUUUUUUUAUCUAUAGGUAGAAAUUUUCUUAAGUAUAAAUUGGUGAAUUUAGUUCAAGUUAGCAUCAACAUGAUCAAGUGAGAUUGGAACAGUCGCUACAAGCAAGAAACUUCCAUGCCUUAACAUCAAAUUUUGUUCACUUGCUAAUUAAAAAUAAUGAAAUAUUACAAGAAACACAGCUUCUGUGCCUUGCUCCUUCUCAAUCAUUUUAGCUUAACUGAUAAUACGUGUCUCAGGAAUUCUCAUAUGUUCAUUCGUACUAUCAGUGCUGUAAGCUCCAACAGUUCUAGAGUUACAAGCCUGCCUGAACAGUGGUUGUGCUCUUUCAUGUACUCUAUGAGGCAGCUUUUUAAUUUUCUGUAUAUCAUCAGCUUUAUUUAAAACGGCCACAACUUCAUG